AUGGGAAGGAUCAAGGGGGAGUCAUUGAGUCUAGUGACAAAUGAUGUGGUAGAAGAGGAGCCUCCCAUCAAUGAUGUAGGUGAAACUACUAUACCAAAGGAGGCAACUCUCCUACCUCUCCCCACUCCUAAACUUCCCUAUCCCCAAAGAUUCAUAAGGCACAAGUUGGACGUGCAAUUCUCAAAAUUCCUUGAUGUUCUUCAAAAUUUUCACAUCACCCUCCCCUUUACUAAAGCAUUGAAACAAAUGCCUACCUACUCAAGAUUUCUCAAGGAAAUCUUGAGUGGGAAGCGGGAUUGCGACGUAAAGGAGACGGAGCUUGAAAUAAGCAAUGCCUUGUGUGAUUUGGGUUCUAGCGUUAGUCUAAUUCCUUACUCGGUGUUCGCCAAGCUUGAAGUUGGUUAUCUUAUCCCAACUAACAUCACCUUGCAACUUGCCGACCGUUCAGUCAAGUACCCUAUUGGCAAGGUUGAGGAUGUACCCUUGAGGGUUGGUGGAUUAGUGAUCCCCAUCGACUUUGUAGUCCUAGACAUAGAUGAGGACGUGCAUGUCCCUAUUAUUCUAGGCCGCCCAUUCUUGGCUAUGGCGGGGGCAAUUAUUGAUGUUAAGCAAGGGAACAUUACCUUGAAAGUUGGGAAGGAUAGCUUAUUUUUUGACUUGAACAAAGCCAUGCGUUAUCCUAGUUCCGCUAACGAUAAAUUUCUCUUUGUUGACUCUUUAGAUCCCAUUGUGAAUGACAUGCACGAGCACUUGCUCACCACUAAUGAUCCACUUGAGCUUGUUCUUUUGAAUAGACAUGGUUUAGGUACUUUAGGGGUCGAAGUGGCUAACUACAAGGAGAUCUUGGAUGCCCCACCACCUUGCGCUUAA